CCCAUCCGCGCUUCUCUCUCCGUCAGUUCGCUCCAGGCUCGUGGCUCUUUCGGAAGGAUGCGCGCGCUCCCGGUGCUCUUCUCCGUAGCUGCUCUCCUCCUGCACUCCUCUCCGGGGCUGCUCGGGGAGAUGCAGAAGAAUACGCCGGCGUGCAAGUCAGGAUUUUCACAAAGCCUUUAUUCCCUGAGUCUCUCCAGGGAUCUACUGCAUGGACAAAGUGUGCUCAAAGACACCUUGCUGUCAUCAGGAGCAGUUUAUUUGGUGGAGUGUUCGGGGAAGGCAGCUGGACAGUGGGACAGCAGUGAUCCCCGCUUCAGAGUGGAGACAGACGGAUCGGUGUACACACAGGGAGACGUGAUCACUCUGAACACACCCAUUACUUUCACAGUGACGGCUCACAGCGCAAACGGAAAACACACCUGGGAGACGAGAGUCCAAGUGCAGCUCGAGGAAAUGACAGGUAAUUACAUGGCACGAGGACAAGAGGACACCGGGACUCAGGAAGUUGUCAUCGAGUUUCCUCGGAGACAGAACUCACGGCAGAAGCGAGACUGGGUCAUUCCUCCAAUCAACGUGCCGGAGAACUCUCGAGGACCUUUUCCGCAGAUGCUCGUUAGCAUCCGUUCAGAUAAAGAUCGGUCCAUUAACAUCAGAUACAGCAUCACCGGCGUGGGAGCGGAUCAGCCGCCUAAUGAAGUGUUCAACAUCGAUCCGGAGAAAGGAAAGAUGUACGUCACCAAGCCCCUGGACAGAGAGGAGCGCUCUUCAUACCACCUUCGAGCUCAUGCUGUGGAUAUGAACGGGAAUCAGGUGGAGCAGCCGGUCGACCUCUACAUCUUCGUCAUCGACAUGAAUGACAACCGGCCCGAGUUCAAGAAUCAGAUCUACAAUGGCUCUGUGAUGGAGGGGUCCAAACCAGGUACAACGGUUAUGACGGUAACAGCACACGAUGCCGAUGACAUCACCACCUCUAAUGGCAUGGUGCAUUACCGGAUUCUCCAGCAGACCCCGCACAUCCCGAUCCCAAACAUGUUCACUAUUAACAGAGAGACAGGAGACAUUGUUACUGUCGCAGCUGGACUCGACAGAGAGAGAGUUCCUCAGUACACAGUGAUCGUCGAGGCGACAGACAUGGAGGGAAAUCUGAACUUCGGUUUGUCAAGCACGGCCACUGCGCUAAUCGCCAUCACCGACAUCAACGACAACCCGCCUGAACUCACACAGAGCACGUUCUCAGGCGAGGUCCUGGAGAACAGUGUGAACGUGGUGAUAGCGAACCUCUCUGUGAUGGACAAGGAUGAGCCCCGAACGCCCAACUGGAACGCUGUGUACGGUGUCGUCAGCGGAGACAGCGGACGCCACUUCGUCGUCCGGACAAACCCGGAGAACAACGACGGCAUGCUCACUGUGGUGAAGCCGGUGGACUUUGAGAUGAAUCGAGCGUUCAUGUUGACGGUAGUCGUCAACAAUCAGGCUCCGCUGGCUGACGGGAUCCAGUCGUCCCUGCAGUACACCGCCGGGGUCACGGUCUCUGUGAGGGACGUCAACGAGGCGCCCAUUUUCCCUGAAAACCCCAAAAUGGUGCGUUUUGAGGAGGGCGUCCCUGCUGGCACCAUCAUCACUACGCUCACCGCCCGAGACCCUGACACCUUCAUGCAGCAGAGCAUUCGAUAUUUAAAGCUUUCGGAUCCUGCGAACUGGCUGUCCAUCAACUCGUCAAAUGGUCAGAUCACCACAGUGGCUGUGCUGGACCGAGAAUCUGUCUACGUCAAGAAGAACAUCUACGAGGCCACGUUCCUCGCUGCUGACACCGGCUCUCCUUCUGCCAGUAGCACAGGAACGCUGCAGAUAUUUCUCAUAGAUGUGAACGAUAACGCUCCAUCACUCGUCCCUCACGAUGCUCAGAUCUGCGAAAGAUCCCACAUGAACUCGGUCAACAUCACAGCAGUGGAUGCCGACACCGAUCCCAAUGUCGGUCCCUUUGUCUUCGAGUUGCCUCUUUAUCCCUCCAUCAUUCGCCGCAACUGGACUGUUUCUCGAAUCAGCGGAGACUAUGCUCGUCUGAGCCUGAGGAUCCAGUUCUUGGAGUCGGGUGUGUAUGAAGUUCCUAUUUCUGUAUCGGAUUCGGGAAACCCUCCGCUCUCCAAUCGCUCAGUCAUUAAGGUGAAGGUGUGUCCGUGUGACGAACACGGUGACUGCACUGCCCUCGGUGCAGUAGCAGCGGCGGGCUUGGGCACCGGCGCCAUCAUCGCCAUCCUGAUCUGCAUCAUCAUCCUUCUUAGCAUGGUUUUGCUAUUUGUAGUAUGGAUGAAGAGGAAAGAGAAGGAGCGGCAGACCAAACAGCUGCUGAUUGACCCCGAGGAUGACGUCAGAGACAACAUCCUCAAAUAUGACGAGGAAGGGGGUGGCGAGGAGGACCAGGACUAUGACCUGAGCCAGCUGCAGCAACCCGACUCUCUGGAGCACAUCAUGGGAAAAUCCCAAGGUGUGCGACGGGUGGAUGAAAGGCCUGUUGUGCCUGAGUCUCAGUACCCCCUUCGGCCCAUGGUACCCCACCCUGGGGACAUUGGAGAUUUCAUCAAUGAGGGUCUGAGAGCGGCGGAUAACGACCCGACGGCUCCACCCUACGAUUCGCUGUUGGUAUUUGAUUACGAGGGCAGCGGAUCCACCGCCGGGUCGGUCAGCUCCCUCAACACCUCCAGCAGCGGAGAGCAAGACUACGACUACCUCAACGACUGGGGGCCACGUUUCAAAAAACUCGCCGACAUGUAUGGGGGUGGAGACGACUAGAAAGGAACGGGGCUGUCCCUCAAAAGGCUCCUCCCACGUCACCUGAACCUGCGGCGACGACCAAUCAUGGGCCUCUCUCUCUCUCUCUCUCUCUCUCUCUCUCUAUGAUAAACACACCCACCUACCAAUCACUUGGCCAACUCCAGAGAGACUUGUACAGGGAGAGACAGCGAUAAUAGUGGACCUGCUUUUUUUUUCCUUUAAUUAUAUUUUUUAUCAGUUUCUUGUUUUCUGAUUUUUUUUUCUGUUAAGUAGUCCAGCUGUAUUUACGCUUUGUGCUCAUUAUUUCUUUGAAGAAUCCUGCAACAUGGUUGAUGCAACCAUCUGCAGGGUGAAAUCCUCCUGCUAAUAUUGAGACAGCGCAUAAAAAAGAGAAAAGAGUAAAAAAAAAAUUUAAAUAAUAAAGACAAGGUAGGCAUUCUACUCUGAAAAAAA